AUGAAGAAUAAGAAGGGUAGUCGCCGCAACCGCAAUAAAUCAGCAGCUCACAAUGGCCACUCACUAGUAGUGGAUAGGUUCACCAAGCUUCCUGAUGAUCUCCUGCUCAACAUCCUCGACCGCCUCAACACGCCCGACGCCGUCAGAACCUGCCUCCUUUCUAAGAGGACGCUCCACCUCCGACAUUUGCUCUCAAACUUACACGUUUGGUUCACUUCCUUUGUGCCUGAUUGUGGUUAUAUCACUUUCAAGGAUACAAUUCAGAUGAACGCUGCGGUAGCCGGUGCAACAGACAACAUUCUCACUUUCAGAAGCCAAGAGAUCCCCCUUCGCCAACUCAGCAUAGGCUUCUACUUGAAAUACUACGACUGUCUCACCAUUGGUAAAGCUGUUGCCCGAGCCAUGGCCACCCACAACCUCCACAGCGCUGAAUUCCUUAUUAUGCCAGAGAAGAAGCCACAAUAUUGCACUAUUGAAGAUCGCCGCUGCAAAGGGAAGCUUCUCAUGACAUUUUUUUAUGCCUGUACUGAUGCAUUUGCCGGCCUUACACGUCUCUAUCUACACAACUUAGAGCUUGCUGAAAAUGACAUUCCCAACAUCAUUGCCACAUGCAAACGGCUAGAGUAUCUCGGUUUGUCCAUGUGUGAAACAGAAGAGAGUGUGUUGCAACUGCAGGUGGAACACCCACGGCUUGUUGAGCUUGAUAUCUGCAGUGCAGGCUUAGAACUAGUUGAGCUCAGCUCCCUACCGAACCUCAAACGGCUGGUUUUUAGUGUGUGGGUCUGUCCCCAAGAACCCUUGUCUUUUGGCAACAUCCCAUUGCUUUCAAGCCUAAGCCUCACUAAUGUAAGCAUGGGAUGGCAGAAGGUUAUCAGAUUAAGUCAGUUCCUUCCUAGUGUCCCCUACAUAAGAGACCUGCACCUCAGCUUCCUAAGUGAAAAGAUUUGGGUUCAGCCAGAGUGCCCCAAACUUCUGUCGCCGGUUCUCCAGAAUCUGCAAUUUUUGAAUCUGGAAAAACUCCCUGAAGGAUGUGAUAUAGCUUGGACAAGAUUCUUCCUCGAGGCUGCACCUAACCUGAAGGAGGUAUGCAUCACGGUUUGGGACCAUUGGUGUGAUAUGGAGACAGACAUGGUGGAACGGGAAGAACGGGGUUACUGUGACAAAAGAAACGUGGAGUGGGAGUCAUCUGCACCUGAUGGUUUCAGGCAUCACAACCUGACUAAGCUCACCAUCUAUGGUUUCCAGCCAAAUGAGAACUUCAUGGGAUACAUCAGGCACGUCAUUGAAGCUGCAGUUAAACUAGAGGAGAUAUCCUUAUACGACCGGGAAGUUCUCGAGUGCUGUGAAGACUUGGAUCCAAAGGUCGAGGUUGCUCCAUCAAGAUAUCCCCAGACCAUCGAGGAACAGGAGUUGCUGAGGGAGCAAAUUACAGAGGGAUUGGUGAUGGCGUCACCUCAUAUAAUUCACUUCCGGUCUUAA